AUGGCACAAGAUUCAUCAGUGAAAACAAAUUUAGACGUAUUCCGCGAGAGUCGACCUCGUCGUCUUGCAGAGGAAGAACGAUCGAUAUCACCUCAACAUCAAGAAGUCCAGCACGACAUAAAUAUUCGUGGUCAUGACUUGAGUGGAAAUACUGAACUUUUGCAUCAGGUUGACCACUCGUGUGAUGCUUCGGAUAACACAGACCGCCUGCUCCAUACAGACAAACCUCGCAUCAAAUUGAAUACGAAAGAUGACGAUACCGUCUUUGAAACUCCCAAUCCUGACAAUAAAUUGGUGAGUAUGGAACCGUAUCGUUUUCCCUUGCAUGGAAUGGACGAUGAAUCCAAACAUUAUAAAUCACUAGAAGAGCAAAUCGAUUUGAGGUUGGCUUCACUGAAUAACCCAACAAUCAUUAUGGAGUUGGAUCUCGAUGGUGGUGUAAGAUAUUUGUCCAAGAAUUGGGAGUACAUUGUCGGUACUUCAAUAAACAAAAUCAUUAACCAUCCUAUUUCCAAGGUUAUAGUGGGGAACAAUGAAGAAGAUUACAAAGUCUUCAAUAAUGCAAUUGACUCAAUGACUCUAGACGAUGCAAGUUACAAAGUGAAAUUUAUAACAGCCACAAACUAUACAAGACACGACCUAGCAGGCAAUGAGAUUCGCGGAGAUGUGGAGCACAUUAUUUGCGAUCGAUCUAGCAUUAAUAGUGGCGGUCAACUCACACCACAAAAUUCUUUGGAAGACGUUAAUGAGCUCAAUUUACCUGUGGAAGACUACGUACCGCGUGACAAGGGAGAUGUUCCACUGACAGACCACACUGACCAAUCUUCUCAACAAAGCUCAAUUUCGACUUCAAUAUCCAACGAUGGUGGCUACAUCGAGCUUGAAGCGCAGGGAAUACUCAUUCACGAUUCGCAUACAAAACUCCCCACCCACUCAAUGUGGACCAUAAGACCGUUUAUUCAAAUUGAUUUGGAGCUAUCGAUACCAAAUGCUUUGAUUGAUUUGUUGGGUUUUGGUUCAGAGAUUUUUGAAGGGUAUCUUAUGAACUUGAAACUGUUGGGUGUCACGGAAGAGGAAUAUGUUCCACAACCCAACACAAUAUUGUGUAGAAUUUGCGAAACAAACAUUCCAGCGUGGUUUAUCGAAAAGCACAGUGAUUUAUGUUUGAUUGAACACCGUGUUGCUGAAAACUUGCAAGAAUGUCAAGAUGCUAUUAUUGAACAACGGGAAUUGAUCACCAAGAUAAUGGAGAGUUUAGCUAUCCAAAUGCAGCAACCGGGCUUGUACUCGCAGCAGGGAUCGGCCCAAGGUAGUCCCAUAGUCUCAGGUCAGCACCAACUGUUGACAUCGAAAACCUUAUCACUGUCCCUGUUGCUGCCAAGCACAUCGUCCCAACUGUCAAUAUCCCUGAGCUCCUCAGAUGACGAUAAUUCUUCAAACUCGCUGUCGAUUAUUCGCGAAUACAAGGGCUUUGCCUUACCAUUACUUGCAAACGAAAGCUCAUCUCCCAGACUUGCUAACAAGGUAAUCACAAAAAACUUUCAUUCUAGAAGCAAGAGUUUGAUGUAUUCAAAAAAAUUCCCAUUUGGUACUUUGCAGAGAAUAAGGGAAUUGUGUGAUGAUGCCAUAGCAAUUAACCCCCCAUCCAACAACAACUUGACAGAUGAUUUACAGAAACUCAUUUCGUUCUCCCCGAAUUCCGAGAAAUCCUUGAAUUUGGCAAUGCAUCCCCCCACCAUAGAAUCAUCUGAUUUGGCUAUAAAGCAAAUGCUUGAAGAUACAAAGGGUUUAAUAAAUGAUAAAUUAGAAACCUUGUCCAGAUUGGUAUCGAUUUUACAGUACCUGAACAAAAUCAAGAGCGAAGUCGACUUGUUAGUAUUGGAGACCGUGAGGGAAACAGUUGAAAAACUCAGGCAUCAAACCGCAGCUCAACUUUCUAGAAGCUGUACUCCAUCAGAUGGUGUAGAGAGAUCAAGACUGCCGAUGGUGCCACAACUGGAGAGUAACACGGAAUUGCAAUCGCCGCAAGAGCCUCAAGGAAGUUUGGUGCUGAACUCGCGCAAGAACAGCCUGAUCCAUUUGGAACAACCGCCUAUGAUUGCCCCUAAACCAUCGAGAAGCAAGAGUCCUAUGGAGUUACUUCAGGACUCUCACUUCGACAACAUUGUCACCCCAAAAGACCUAUUGAUGAACGAAACAAGAACUGCGUCCCACAAUUCAUCAUCCUCAUCCUUGACAGGGCGGAGAAAGUCCAGCUGGAACGAGGUUCCCCAACGGCACUCGUCUAAUGAAAUCUCGCGAACUUCGUCAGGAAACAAUACAAACUACUCCUCUCCUGUACGACAUUUAUCACCGGCACCUUAUUCGGAAAAGGGUAGUUUGACUUCCAUUCAGAGAAACAGUGUUAUGAAACCGUCACCAAUAACACUACCAGUUACAGAUUCAGACUAUAGUGGCUCGGGUAUCGAUAAAAAAAUCACAAAACUUUCUUUGGAUACAGCCGCGACUCCAAACCAACAAAAUUCUCCAUCGUAUUCAUUAACUCAUGGAACCCCCAGUCAUUUAAGCAGCUCAACCUCGCGACCUCCUUUAUCCCCGCUAUUAGUAUCAACGCAACAAGCGCCAACCAAACCAGCAGGUAUCAAGGACUAUGAAAUUGUAAAGCCCAUCAGCAAAGGGGCUUUUGGUUCGGUGUUUCUUGCAAAAAGGAAGUUGACGGGUGAGUAUGUUGCUAUCAAAUGCCUUCGUAAGCGAGACAUGAUUGCUAAGAAUCAGGUUCUCAAUGUCAAAUCCGAGAGAGCUGUGAUGAUGCGUCAGAGCGACUCCCCUUACGUGGCACAAUUAUACUCCAGUUUCCAGUCGAGGGACUACUUGUAUUUGGUUAUGGAAUAUUUAAACGGUGGAGAUUGUGGAAACUUGAUUAAAACUUUGGGGGUUUUGGGAAUCGAUUGGUCUGCGCGAUAUAUAGCAGAGAUAAUUGUUGGUGUGAAUGAUUUGCACGAGAGGGGUAUAAUACAUCGUGAUUUGAAGCCAGAUAACAUCUUGAUAGAUAAAAAUGGCCAUUUGAAACUCACAGACUUUGGUUUAUCAAGAUUGGGUAUUGUGGGCCGUCAAAACAAUCAUAGAAAGAGCAGUGUGAAUGAGCAGAGUGUUGAGCUCUUCCGCAGUAUCUUUGGUACCCAUGGUGCAGGUGCAAAUGCAGGUGCAAAUGCAAGUGCAAUUGGCAGUGGCAGUGGCAGUGGUAGUGGCAGUGGUCCAAACUCUGCUGGGUUGGGGUGGUUGGACAGUGAUGAGCCACAUAGUGGCAAGAGAAAUAGUUCCGCAGGCUCCAUUGUCCUUUCUCCACCUUUGGAAAGGUCAAGGUUGAAUCAUCAAAACCAUACGCCAUCAAACUCGCUUCAAGCAGCAUCAUCCCCCACCAUGCAGUUUUUAGAAGCUUUUGGCAAUCUCAAAGAUAGACCAGGGGCUAGAUCGAAUUCCGGUGGAUUAGAGUCGCCGAUGUUGAAACCUAUCAUUCCAAGAACGGCCUCAGAGUCAUCGUUUGCACUUAUGGAUGAUGACUCUGCAAACUCAUCUGUAACAAAUUAUGCAUUGUAUGACCCCAAGGUGGCAACGGCUGUACCUCUAGGAUCUGACUUGGGGGCGGGUGGUGAGGGAAACAAUGGGGGAAUCAAAAAAUUUGUUGGAACUCCUGAUUAUUUAGCACCAGAAACCAUAAGAGGAAUAGGGCAAAGCGAGGCAUCAGAUUGGUGGUCUAUUGGUUGCAUCUUGUUUGAAUUUUUAUACGGCUAUCCACCAUUUCAUGCCGACACGCCGGAAAAGGUUUUUGAUAAUAUAUUGCAAGGUGAAAUAGACUGGCCGGACUUGCCACCAGAGGAGGAUUUGAAGUUUUGCUCUUCCGAGGCAAAGAAUUUAAUUGAGCGUCUUUUGGAGUUGAAUCCGGAAGACCGGUUAGGUUCACAGGGGGCUGAGGAGAUUAUGUCACACCCAUUCUUUGGAGAAAUUAACUGGAAUAGUCUAUUUGAUGAGCCUGCGCCUUUUGUUCCCAAUGUUGAUAAUCCAGAGCUGACAGACUACUUUGACUUACGUGGGGCUUCGUUGGCACAACUUCCCAAAGAUGAAUCGUCAUCUGAUGAUGACAAAGAAGACGAGGACACGGCUAAAAAGGGCGGAUCUAUCAACUCCCUUAACUUGCCUUCGACUAGUACCACCGCAUCGACGCUGGCUAAAAAGGAACGUCGUGCUAGUAAAUUGGGGGACGCUGGAGAGUUUGGGCUGUUUCACUUUAGGAAUUUGUCUGUUUUAGAGAAACAAAACAAGGAUAUUAUCAACAGACUAAAGUCGGAACACAUGGAGCACAGGAACAGUUUCUCGUCAUCCUCUCUGGAAGGUACCCCUGUGAUGAGGUCGAGGGGGCUAUCAUUUGGAAAUGCACCAAACAGUGGAUCUGGGUUGAAUUUAACGAAUUCAGUUUCUACAGCUAGUCCAUUUAAGAGACCUAUUUCUCCACCUGGUGCUAUUCUGGGAUCACCGGUACAUACGCAUAAUAGGUCACAAUCCCCACAUCGGGUGUUUGAAAGUCCUACAGUCGCGUUUGGUAAACAUGAAAGAAUUCCCUCCACAGUUAGUACUUACUCACUGGGCGAUGACACCAAUCAAGAUUCUCCCAGUACUACGACAUCAUUCACGCAUCACAGAGCUGGAAGCUCGCCUUACUUUCACAGUGCAGGGAAGCCAGCUACAAGCCCAUCUGCGAAUCUUAGUUUGCAACACACUUCCAGCAUCCUGUUUUAUUCGCACUCCAAUCCAAAUGUGCUCAAUGCCCACCAUUCUUUCUUCAGAGACACUUCGUCGCCAAACACGUCAGACUCGGAGGAAACGACAAGAUCAAAUGCCUUAUUGAGGGUGCAAAGGCGAAGAGAGAGUUCGCGGAUGUCGGAAGAGAUUUCACUAAAUCACGACCUUGAUGUACUCUACUGUGAACCCAUUUCCUCUGUACGCCAUCAAGUUGUGAAAUUGUUGGAGCGGGCUGGGUGUAUUGUGGUGUCCGUUUCAGAUGGCGAAGACUUGAUCAAGAGAGCGACAAGUCAGGUAAAGUUUGAUCUCAUAAUGACGGCAUUGAAACUUACUAAAGUGGAGUCCAUUGAUGCUGUCAAAUUGAUCAGAUUUACUGCAGGUCAAAACUCAAGCACCCCAAUCGUUGCUGUUACUGGAUUUGGCGACGAAGCCAGAAACGCACAUUGUUUUGACUAUGUCAUUGAAAAGCCAGUAACAUUUGAAAAAGUGAAGGAGUGUUUGAGAAAUGUACUGAGUGAGGAAGCUGUAAUUGACUGA